CAUCACACAGCAUAUACUUUUCCUCUUCACAGACAUCUCCUUCUUCCUUCUAUAAAUGAAGGAUGGAGUGUGCCAAGGUGAGGCUUGAAGCCAGCAGCAUCUCCCUCUCCCCUCUCUUCUGAUCUGUGAGGUCGGUCAGCGUCUUCUUCAUCUCUUUCCUCCUCCUCCCUUUUCAUCAUUGGAGAAAUCAGCAAUCUAAGUAGCAGGAGGAAGGAGCGAAGCGAGGCAGGCAUGGCCGGGACCUCAUCCUACUCUUCCUCCCCCUGCGCUUCACUUGGCUCCCUCGACGACGUCUCCGUCAAGCCCACGCGCGCCAUCAAGUUCCUCUGCAGCUACGGCGGCAAGAUCCUCCCACGUUACCCCGACGGCAAGCUCCGUUACGUAGGCGGCCACACGCGCCUCCUCGCGGUCGAUAGAUCCAUCUCUUUCUCAGAGCUGCAGGUGAAGCUGAGGGAGUUGUGCGGGUGGGGUGCGGUGAGCCUCCGGUGCCAGCUGCCGACGGAGGAUCUCGACGCCCUUAUCUCCGUCACCUCCGACGAGGACCUCGCCAACCUAGUCGAGGAGUACGACAUCGCGAGCCGAGACCGGCCUUCCCCUCUAAAGAUCCGAGCCUUCCUUUUCCUCACCCCGCCAUCAUCGUCCUCCUCCUCCAAACCUUCCCCCAAAACUAGUCCUACCAUCCCUAUCUCCAUAGGCCGGCCUCCGUUCAUCGCCACCGAGCGCUGCGUCCACUGGGUCUCCGUGCCGGCAAAGUUGUAUAGCCGGUACGGAAUGCCCGCCGCAUCGACCACCGUGGGGCAUACUCGCUUCCACAGCCACCACCACCAUAGCCAUGGCAGCCCGAGAGCAUGCAGCUAUCUCGUGCAUAACGGGAGCCACUUGCAAUAGGUACUUAUGGAAGAAGAAAGAACAGUUCAAGGUAAAGGUGGAGGAGAACAACAAAUGAUACGGGACAGAGAAGUAUUGGAGCGAGCAUCUAAAUUAAUGUAAACAGAGGAAGAAAGGAUUGUACCUAUCCAUUUUAUCACACGAACACUCAAGAAUUAAGAAGACCAACAGAAUAAGAAAACAAGUCCUUAAAACGUCGAUUGCUCUGAUGAUUUCUUCUUCAUUCUGCGUUCUCUGUUGUGUUUGGAUCACCAUUCUGCUCCAUGUUUUGUCUUCCAUGCCUUUGCCGCCUGCGCCUCCCGUUUGUUUCUUGUGUUGCUACCUCUUUAACCCGUUCACUCUUCAUUCAGGUGUUCCACGUUAGGUUCAAGCCUCUGUUCAUCUUCUUGGUCUUAUGCUUCAGGCUUUCGCAUUAGUAUUUGCUCUUUAUCAUCUAUUCUUUCUGCUUUAUUUGGUGUCUUUUAUCUGCCUCUCCUUUCCAUC